AGGAACCUCAGCCAAGAUGGCGAUCUUCAGUGUGUAUGUGGUGAAUAAAGCAGGCGGUUUGAUUUAUCAGCUGGAUAACCAGAGUCCGAGGGCAGAGACAGAGAAAACCUUCAGCUACCCGCUGGAUCUUGUACUUAAAGUACAUGACGACCGGGUGCAGGUGUCCUUCGGGCAGCGGGACGGCAUCCGAGUCGGACACGCCGUUCUCUCUAUUAAUGGGAUCGAUGUGAAUGGCAGAAACACGGCAGACGGGAAAGAAGUUCUUGAAUUCCUCAGUAAUCCCAGCAAUUAUCCUCUCUCCAUAAGGUUUGGCCGGCCCCGUCUUUCUUCCAAUGAGAAGCUGAUGUUGGCCUCUAUGUUUCACUCGUUGUUUGCCAUUGGGUCCCAACUAUCUCCAGAGCCUGGAAGUUCUGGUAUAGAAAUGCUUGAAACGGAUACAUUCAAACUUCACUGCUUCCAGACUCUAACCGGCAUCAAGUUUAUGGUGCUGUCGGACCCUCGCCAGGCAGGGAUAGAUUCUCUUCUGCGUAAGAUAUAUGAACUUUAUUCUGAUUACGCUUUGAAAAACCCUUUUUAUUCACUGGAGAUGCCAAUCAGAUGUGAGCUGUUUGACCAGAACCUAAAAUCGGCGAUGGAAGUUGCAGAGAAAGCUGGAACAUUUGGACCAAACUCUUAAUGUCAGAUACAUGUAGCGAGUAUCGGUUUAUUUUGAGGAUAAUUAAACAGUUCUAUGGGAUGAACAUUGGCAGUCUAGCGGUCAUCGUAACUCAUUGUUCUGCCAAUGAUAUGUAUAUAUUGUAAAAUGUGUUGUUUAUAUCCUAUAUCCUAAAGUAGAAUGCAUUUGUGUUACAAUACUACUGAAGUAUUUCAGAAGUAUUUUGUAUUAAAUCAGUUAAUGGUU